GAAUAAAAAACUGAAUGCCAUAGACUGAAUCAGCUGUCCUACUUCAAGAGAUUACCUUUCUCUGUCUUUCACAUUUGCUGUCUGCCGGGCCGUGUGGUUCUCAAAAGAUUUUAUACGAAAUUUCCACAAAAAAAUGGCAGUAGGAGACGUUAAAACCGCCCAGGGGCUCAACGAACUGAACCAAUAUUUAGCGGAGAGGAGUUACGUGUCUGGGUACACGCCCACUCAAGCUGAUGUUCAAGUGUUCGAACAGGUUGGAAAGGCACCAGCUGCCACACUGCCCCACGCCCUAAGAUGGUACAACCACAUCGCGUCGUACGCCGGUGACGAGCGCAAAUCAUGGCCGCAGGGAGCGAGCCCGCUGACCGCCGGCGGCAAACCCACGGCCCCCGCCCCCGCCGCCAAGGACGACGACGAUGACGACGUCGACCUGUUCGGUUCUGGCGAUGAGGAAGAGGAUGCGGAAGCAGCUAGAAUUCGUGAGGAGCGCCUUAAAGCAUAUUCUGACAAGAAGUCCAAGAAGCCAGCACUCAUUGCCAAGUCUUCUAUAUUGCUUGAUGUCAAACCUUGGGAUGAUGAGACUGACAUGAAAGAAAUGGAGAAUCAAGUGCGCACUAUUGAAAUGGAUGGCCUUUUGUGGGGAGCUUCCAAGCUUGUUCCAGUUGGUUAUGGUAUCAACAAACUGCAAAUCAUGUGUGUCAUUGAAGACGACAAAGUGUCAGUCGACCUUCUGACUGAAAAGAUCCAAGAAUUCGAAGAUUUCGUCCAGUCUGUAGAUAUUGCUGCAUUUAAUAAAAUCUAAAAUAUGAAGCCACAUUAAUUUAUAAGCCAUCUUUUCAAUAAAAUCACAUUUUACAACA